AUGUCAUGGCCCCUAUGGUGGCGACUGAUAAUGAUGGGCAAUCUGUCCUUCUUCGUCAUGAUGGGUCAAGUCCUCGGUGCUUCCAUCCCACCCAUGCUUCUUCCACUGGUGAAGGACAUGCAUGUGAGCAGUACCAAAAUCUCUCAGCUCGCAAGUUGGGGCACACUUUGCAUCGGACUCGGAAAUAUCUGGGCACUCCCCACCGUCGCAUACAUCGGUAGUCGCUAUACCAUCCUCAUCGGUCUCGCAGUGUUCACCGCUGGCUUCUUUUGGCAGGCCCGCGCUCAAUCCUACGAAUCUCUACUCGCAGCCCGUGUCAUCGGCGGGUUAGGCGGUGGUGUUGUUGAGGCACUCGGUCCAGUCGUCGUGGUGCUCUUAUUUCCACGCGAGUACGUCGCCAGAGCCAUGAGCGUAUAUUCAUGGGCUUUGGGUGCAGGUGCUGUCUUUGGCCCUCUGAUCACUGGCUACGCAGUCGAUAAUCUUGGCAGCUGGAGGUAUCCGAACUACAUCUUUGGUGGCAUCUGUGCGCUCAACCUUGUCGUCAUGAUAUUGAUGUUUCCCGAGCCUCUUACCAAUAUUCGAGUCCCCGGCGACCCCGAACCCUCCAAUAUUUCCUUCGAAUCGGUCGAUGAAGAGCAAGUUGGUGAGCCAAAGGAACCCUCGGAUGAGGUUGGUGAUGCACAGCAGUUCGAGACUCGCCCACCGUCAAUGGCCACGUUCGAGCCAUGCAAACCCGGUGCACUCUGGUUCAGACGGUCGUUCUUUCUAACCCUUAAGCACAACCAUCCACCGCCAAACUUCUUCUAUCUUGUCGUGGAGCCAUUCGAAAUACUCGUUUCUCCUGCUGUCAUCGUCACCGUCCUGCUCUUUGGCUUGUCCAUCGCAGGCACCAUUGCCACUUCGGUCCUUGUCUCCAUCACCUUCUCUCAGCCCCCGUGGCUCUGGACAUCUGGCCAAGUUGGCCUCUACAAUGUUGCUCCCCUCUUGGGCCUACUGGCCGGUAUGCCGUUUGGUGGUGCGGGGGCGGAUUGGCUAGCUGAGAGACACUUGCGACGCCAUGGCGAGUUCAAGCCCGAGUCAAUUCUGCCUAUCCUUUUACCAUUCGCCAUUGCAACUCCGAUAGCUACGACACUCAUAGGUGUUGGAUUCCAGCGCGGUUGGCACUGGGCUGUCGUUGGGCUCUUUUGGGCCAUUCUCAAUGCCAAUCUUACGGGAGGCUGUAACGUUAUGAUAUCGUAUUGCACUGAGAGCUACCCCAAGAAGGCCAUUCAGAUUGGUGUCGUGGUUAAUGUUAUCAAGAAUGUUAUUGGCUUUGGUGUAUCUUACAGCACUUUGGAUUGGUGGAUGAAGGAUAAGUACUUCAUGUUCUUGACUGUUGCACUGGUCAUUUUUGUGCUCUUUAUCGCUGCAGUCCCGUUGUGGAUUAGUGGACCGAGCAUUACUCGCAAGACAAAGACAUGGGUGAGGUAUGAGGAGGAGUAG